AUGGCAGAGAUAUCAUGUUCUGAUCAUUUUAAUGCUGACAUAAGAUACAAGGCUGGAACUUACUUAGAAUCCCUCAAAAAAUUCCACACAGUUAUAAUGGCACAGCUGUACUUAUUUGUUUUCAAGAAUACCACUCCACUAUCCAUGUACCUGCAAACACAAGGUAUGGAUGUACUGCAGGUAUGCCGAAUGGUGACAGAAAUGGUAAACAACUUGCAAGCACACGAUUGUGAUUCCCAAAUUAUUUUAGAUGCUGCAAAGAAGUUUGCAGUCUGGGCAAACAGCAAGUUGGAUACAACUGAUUGCAAAGUUUUGAUUGAGGAAGACUUUCCAUUACCUCGAAGAAUACAACGUAAGAAAAGAAGGGCUGGUGAGCUUGCAGUAGACGACGAACCAAUUCUGUUAGCAAGUGAUCAGUUCCGGGUGGAGGUGUACAAUGUGACCUUAGACAAGAUCAUUAAUAGCCUGCAUAGCCGAUUUGCAAUACAUGGUCAGUUAUUUGCAGAUUUGGCAUGUUUAGAUCCCCAAAAUGUUGAAGAUAUUUUAGUAGACCUUCCCAACAGAGCAUUAGAACGACUUUGUAGACUUGUAAUUAAAUUUGACUCCAAUGCAACUAAAGAGAAACUGCAAAGUGAGCUACUUGAUUUUGCAUCAAAGUGGCAAAGAUUGAAAAUGUCACUUGAUGAAGAAUAUACUGAUGCUAACAAUGAAGGUCAAGAUGAAGACACCAUCCAUUCUCAUCUUAUCUCUGAAACUGAGGAACAGUCAUACUCAAAUGUUGGUGAUAAAAGUGGAAAGUGCAAGACUUGUAAGAGCUGUAUAGCCUGCUGCUACAAUGUACAGUCUAACGUAUAG